ACGCUGGGGUGGAGUUUGAAGCACACGAACGCACUUAUAAAGCCACGUGCUGACGUCACGGAGACACAAUGAGCUCACUCACUUCUCAUUCUCACUGUUGUUGGUACAUCAUCAUGAUGCACAUGGCUCCGCGCUGGCUAUGAACGAGAGAUGGACACAAAGUCGUUCUGUUUGCAGUGAAGCCAUAAUGGGUUAAAUGGCAAGAUUUGACUGUUUCUGUAAGAAAGCCACUACUUUCUUGAUACCGCAACAUGAGUGAAAACAACUACUGGACACAGCGUGACUUUAGCAGUGUGUAUUCAGACCUGGCCACCAAUAAUGUGGAGCACAAUCUGACGCAGACGGAGCAGCAAAUGAUCCAAGAAUGCAACGCAAACCUCAUUCUACCGAAGUCUCCACGCUACUCUGAUCCCUACUGCCUCCCAGUGGACAAGAGCCUUGGACCUCAUGAAGGAGACCAGGUGGUACCUCAUAGUACCUCCCACAGAUGGACAGUGUUUUGGGGCCCGCAGAGAGAAGCCAAACCUUUGCCACCGUUACCCGACCCCGAGGAACUCAUGUCGGACGAGGUGGUGGAUAACGAGGUCGAAUUCUUCAACAGUGAGCGACGCCCACUUUUGCCCAAAAGCUGCCCGGUGAUGGUGCGUGGGGGCAGAGGUCAAGUCAAUCCCUCCUAUCAACCUGGGAACGCCUCCUUAGCCUUCUCCUGGCCCGGCAGGGACGACAAAUUAACAAGCGGUCCCCAGGAAACGCCAUGCACUAGACUUGACUUGGAGAAGCCCCGAGUUCCUCCACGUAUCCCCAUCCCGCCUAAAACCUACCUUAAGGCCGCGUCGGGCGAGGACAAGCCUCCGAAAAUCCCUCCGAGAGUCCCCUUGGUGCCCCCGUGCCCGCCACGUUCACCGAGCCCCAAAAGCCUCCCCAUUUACAUUAACGGCGUUAUGCCUGCCACCCAGAGUUUCGCUGCUAACCCGCAAUAUGUGAGCAGGUCUCUGCUGAGCGAGAGGGUGCCCCCUGUGGCGCAGCUUUCUCCGUGCAUCGUUCCCAUUUUGAAGGACGGCAAAAAGGCCAGCGCCACACACUACAUCCUACUUCCGCCGCGACAAAAGACGUUCGCAGAAAGGCGGGGACGACUUUUGAGCGAACCUGCCAGAAUGGGACACGAAUGGCAGAAUCGCUAAUACAAAUUAGGACUGGCCUUAUCGUGAACGAUCAAUGUUUCAGUGCCAUCGACAGCCUAUUCCAUUUCAACAUUGAUGAUCUGGUUGAUGAAUUAGCUUGCUAACAGGAAACUCAAUCAUUAUCAUAAUUCAUAAGAAAUAUGUGAUUUGCAUCAUAUUUAAAUACUUUGAGCAACCUUUUUUUUUUUCUCGCCCAGUUCAAAUAGAUUGGACGUCUAUCGCCGUCAAGACUAAUUUUCAGUUAAAGUAAAAACGGCAAAAGCCAACAAACGCAACAAGACUGUUCUGAAACAACCAUUUCAUUGACAUACCAUGUUAUGAUUUUCUCCAGAAAUACAAUCAGGAAAAUUCCAUUUUCAAAGAUUUUUCAUUUUUUUACCUUCCUUAAAAAUAUUUUGAAAGAGUACUUACAUUUUUUUCUUUUAUUAAAAAAUAUAUUGAAUUUCUUCAAUCUAGGGGUAAGUAUACAAUUAGGAUAAAUUAAUAAAAAUUUCAAAAAAUUGUAAAUACAGGGAUAUUUUGAGCAAAAUGUUUUUAAAAAGUUAAAUUGAAAGAUAAACAUUUCCACUACCGAAAAUACUAAACAAAUUAUUUAAGUAUUUUAAAAAGGUAAAUAAUUUUAAUUCCUGGAAAAAAAAAACUGAUGUGAAUACUGUAUUUAAUAUCAAGAGGCUCAAAUAGAGAAUUUGCACAAUUUUCAGGUCAACAAUCUAAACGAUGAAUCAACUGUCAAAAACACUAUAGUUGUCAAUUAGAUUUGCCGAUUGGUCCCAAUACAAACUGAUUGGACAGCGAUCGCCGUCAAUGGCAGCCAAUGAGUUCAGAUAAAAACAGCAAACCCGAAAAAUGUCAUAAGACAGUUGCAAAACAACCCUUCCAUUAAAUGCCAUGUUUUUGUUUUCUGAGGAAAGAUCACUUAAAAUCAGGAAUAUUUAUUAAAAUUUUCAAUGAUCUUUCCCCACCACUGGCUGCUGCUGCGUGUCAAAAGUCGCAUUCACACGCAUUCUCUAUGGACUUGUGAUGUUUGUAAGAAUAUUUAUGUUGAUGCAGCACUGUGACUUUGUUGUUUCUAAUAUUUUGCCGGCGAGUAUUACCGCAAUGUUUGCUCCGGGUCAACCUGGAAAUCCUCUUAACAUUCCAGUAUUCUCUCAAGUUGUAGGAUUUAGUUGCCUCGUGCUUCCUUCCCCUUUGGGGACAAUAUUUUAUUCCAGUAGUAACGUUCUGAUGACAUUAAAAAAUGCCACGACGCGAGCAGAUACAAAAAUAUCUAUUUUACUCUGAGAUGUGAGCGAGUAAUUAUUGUAUGAACGAGCUGGGCUUGUGUUGCUUAUCAUUCCAUGUUUUUUUUUUUUCAACAUGCUGCUUAAAAUCUUAAAUAUGAUUCAAAAAUAUAUCAUUGCAAUGAUGACUGAGGGUUGAUUGAACAACAAACACUAGCACCACCCCAAACAAGUGAACCGAUUAGUGUCUUAUUCAUAUUUUAAAAACUUCCAUUGUUUGUGGUCUCUUGAUUUCACAGUAUCGUACAUUUCAUUGAUUCAAAGUGGUGAAUUGUCAUUAGCUCUUUACAAAAGGAUCGAAGGACUGAAUAAUCUUAAAUGCUGUAAUGUUUUUAUUUUUCUCAACAAAAUGUCAAACAUCUUGUGCAUGUAUAAACUUAAUUUGUUUAAAACACAGUACAAUACUUAAAGUGUUGUAUGACAUUGGACUUGAUGUUACAUGUCCUCUUGGGAGGAUCAGUGCUGUGUUUACAACCUCUGUUACACUGACGAUUCUCAACUAGGUGAUUAUUUGUCCGCCUCAACCGCAGUGAACACUACGUUAUGAGGUUGUAAUCAUUGUAAAACAAAUCAACUAUUUAUAAAUAACUUAUUAAUUGAAA